CCCUCUGCAGCCAUGGAUGACAUUUAUAAGGCAGCGGUCGAGCAGCUGACAGAAGAGCAAAAAAAUGAGUUCAAGGCUGCCUUUGACAUCUUCGUGCUGGGGGCGGAGGAUGGCUGCAUCAGCACCAAGGAGCUGGGGAAGGUGAUGCGGAUGCUGGGGCAGAACCCCACACCCGAGGAGCUGCAGGAGAUGAUAGACGAGGUGGAUGAGGACGGCAGCGGCACUGUAGACUUUGAUGAGUUCCUUGUUAUGAUGGUUCGGUGUAUGAAAGAUGACAGCAAAGGAAAAACCGAAGAGGAACUCUCAGAUCUCUUCAGGAUGUUUGAUAAAAACGCCGAUGGCUACAUCGACCUUGAGGAGCUGAAGAUCAUGCUGCAGGCAACGGGAGAGACCAUCACUGAGGAUGACAUAGAAGAACUGAUGAGAGACGGGGAUAAAAACAACGAUGGCAGGAUUGACUAUGACGAGUUCCUGGAGUUCAUGAAGGGAGUUGAAUAAACGAGGCCAGGUCGACAGCUCAAAUCUCCUAAACCCCUCCAGUUCUGCAUCUCAUCUCCUUGGCUAAAUCCCUUGGCUUACCGGCAUGACGACUGAGUGCUGAGAAGGGUGGCCGCUGGGAAAAUAAAAAGCCUU